ACCGCAUAUCUGUUCCCCAGAAAACUCAUAUACCUACCCAUUACUCUUCAGACAACUCCCUAUCAUCUUACCUGGUAGAUGAAAAUUACGUAAAUGAUGAAUUACCCUCUGACAGGGAAGAAACUGGAGAAGAACUAUUGAAGGAAGAAACUAGGGUGGCUGUUAUGGCUACUACUUCAAUCAUCCAAUCUGUAAAGAAGAAGAAUAUGGCAAAACCUCCAUUCGGUAUCCCUGGUCUUGUAAAAGCCAGCGAUGGUACUAUUGUGCCUAUUAAGGAACUCUACCUCCAUGAAAGCUAUCUGGAUGCUAUGAGGUAUGUGGAAGCUAACCCUCCUGAGGACACCUCCAGUCAAGUGUCAGCAUCCUCUUCUUUACAACCUGAAACAUUAGGUAAAGAAAUACCUACCUUGCAAAAACCUUCUAUACCUCUGACACUCAAAUCAGGGUUAAUGAAGAAAAUUAACGAACCCAUCUCUACACUAAGGAUAAAGAAAAAUAAUGACCCCCAUCUCUAUAAUACAAAAUAA